AUGUUCAUAGAUGAGAGGAUUGUAACUCUAUUCAAACGAAACGCUCAUCACACGCUGACUUACUGGAGCGUUUUCUUCAGCUUUGGACUGUGCAUUGCUUUUCUUGGACCUACAAUAUUGGACUUGCAAUGUCAAACAAACUCAACACUGAGCCAGAUUACCUGGGUCUUCUUUUCUCAGCAGUUCUGCUUGUUGAUCGGCAGCUCGGUUGGUGGCGUUUUCAAGAGAACGUUAUUCAGUGCUCUAGCUGCCCUAUUUGUCUCUGCUCUUCUCAUCUCUGUGAUAUUUGCCAUCAUUCCUGUAUGUAAUAAUGUCCUCGUACUGGCCAUUGCCAUGGCUGUGUCUGGUUUGGCAAUGGGAGUUAUUGACACCAUUGCUAACAUUCAACUGGUCGCCAUCUAUCGGAAGGACUCAGCCAUUUUCUUACAGGCUCUGCACUUCUUCAUCGGGUUUGGAGCCCUGGUGAGUCCACUGAUUGCAGAUCCUUUCCUCUCUGAGACAGGCUGUGGGAAUCAUACGGGGAACGAGACCGAGAUCAUGCAUCAUUUCAGGAGCAUGCUGAGAUACAGUCCAAUUGCAGAGCACAACAUAACUCAGAGCCACCUGCCUCAUGAUGGAGUGGUGAAGGAGGAGCCAAUUGUGCAAUAUGCUUUCUGGAUCAUGGCGCUUAUAAAUCUGCCUGUGCCCAUUGCUGUGCUGUUUCUUAUGUAUCGGGAGAACUUACUCCCAUGCUGUCCUGGCAGCACUCCACGUCUUUUAGACAAGGAUGAACUAGCAAUGGAGACCCAGCAGGGGGCAGAGGGCCCAGACUUGGAGCAGAAGGAACAUAAAGCUGGAGGUCAUGGGAGUAUCUUCAGCUGCUGUCAGAAUGAUAACCUGCGUGGACUGCCAGUAUCCUUCUUUAUGAUUCAUAUCCUUGGAGGGAUGGUGCUCUUUAUGACCGAUGGCAUUGUGGGAGCGUAUGCUGGCUUUGUGUACACCUACGCCGUGGCCCCACCGAUGUCAUUGCCGAACAAGACAGCAGGUUACCUGGCUAGUAUUUUCUGGGCAGCGAUCACAGCUGGACGCCUUUUGUCUAUUCCUCUCUCAUAUCGUUUCCAACCUGUACGGCUCCUCAUGUUCAACCUGGCAGGAGCUAUUGUUACUGUGUUGAUGCUGCUCAUUUUCUACACCAGCAGAAUCUUCCUGUUUGUCGGAACCUGUUUAUGUGGACUUUUUUUGAGCAGCAUUUUCCCCUGUAUGCUUGCCUACACUGAGGAUAUCCUUGAUUACCAGGGAUGUGCAACCUCUGUCCUGGUGACAAGUGCAGGGAUGGGAGAGAUGGUAAUGCAGGUCCUGGUUGGCUCAAUCAUUCAGUCUGAAGGAAGCUACAGCUUCCUGUUGUGUGGAGUGAUAAUUGCCUGCAUUGGGUUUAUCCUCUUCUUUGGUCUCCUGCUUUUCCAUCGAAUGCACAGAAAUUACCUCACAGGAACAUCAAAGAAGUCAGCAAUGGUAGAAGAACCAGGAGCAGACCAGAAUGGAUCAGCCAAACAAGAUGUUUUUUCUUCUCAGGGAGAACCAGGAGCAGACCAGAAUGGAUCAGCCAAACAAGAUGUUUUUUCUUCUCAGGGAGAACCAGGAGCAGACCAGAAUGGAUCAGCCAAACAAGAUGUUUUUUCUUCUCAGGGAGAAGCAGGAGCAGACCAGAAUGGGUCAGCCAAAGCAGAACAAAAAGAGAAUAACGACACUGUGACAAUUUCAUAGUUUUAAAAAUUUUUUAAAUGUCUUAUUCUGUAAAUUAUAAAAAUAAAUUUAUUAAUCACAAAGGUUUCCCGCUUUUUAUGGCUAGACUGUUGGAAAUGAAAAAGGAUAGGCCAAUAUUUUGAAAGUGUACAUGCGCUAAAGGGUUAUAAGCAGUUAAUUUCUUACCAGGGUCACGUUAAUGCCAUUGUAAAAUCCUAAAUUUAAAGCAUAGGUUUAGUUUGAAGGGGAUCAAGACUCAACUGGACUUUAACCAUUUUAAAACCGCUCCAAUCUCAAACAUUUUACAGUGAUUUAAGCAAACCUUAUUGGUCUGUCAGACUCUC